CCAGCCACCCACCCACUAUUUACACAGCAACAGCUACCGCACUCCGCACGUACACGCAAGAACUGAAACUUGGUGCCAUGGCAAGGCUCUUUGCUGUGUGCUUGGUUCUGCUCGCCUUCACCAUGGCCGUGGCGGCAGAUAUGGCGCCGAUGAUGGCCCCGAUGGCGGCAGAUAUGGCGCCGAUGAUGGCCCCGAUGGCGGCGCCGGCGGCCGACGCGGCCGACUGCAACAGCGACCUGCAGGACCUGGUUGCCAACUGCCAGAACUACGUCAUGUUCCCGGCCGAGCCGAAGAUACCGCCGUCGCCGGCCUGCUGCGCCGUGAUCCAGAGGGCGGACAUGCCGUGCCUGUGCGCCAAGGUCACCCCGGCGAUCGAGAAGGUCGUCUGCAUGGACAAGGUCGUGUUCGUCGCCAAAUACUGCAAGAGGCCCUUGCAGCCUGGCUCCAACUGCGGAAGCUACCCCGUUCCUGGUGCGUUCGUGUAGUGCAGCAUAUCUUCUGAUUGGAUGAUCACGAAGUCUGCAGAUGCUAUUUUCAGUUUUCACCAUUAUUGUACUAGUGCUUGUGACUUGCAUAUUUGCUGAGAGAUAAGUUGCUGGAUUAUCACCUAGAUAAAUCCAGAUACUUUAUGAUAAGUAUAAAUAAAGUUGACGGCAAAUGUAUGAUUGCCAGUUAAAAAAAGCAGUUGGCUAUGUACGUGUACUUGCGUUUCUUUAAAGGGCAGCUUAUUUUG